AUGGGUCAGACCUUAUCGGAACCUAUUACAGAGAAGGCAUCUGCAGAAGGCCAAGAUGACUGCGUUUUAUACGGAGUAUCAGCCAUGCAGGGCUGGAGAAUCACGAUGGAAGAUGCGCACGCGGCAAUUCUCGACCUGCAAGCCAAGUAUAUAAAUAAAUCUCUCGAACCCACCCCGGCCGAUCAGCGACUGUCAUUCUUCGGUGUUUACGACGGACACGGCGGAGACAAAGUGGCCCUUUUCGCAGGAGAAAAGUUACACCAGAUUGUUGCUAAACAGGAGGCAUUUUCCAAGGGCAAUAUCGAACAGGCGCUCAAAGACGGAUUUCUAGCCACCGAUCGCGCUAUCCUCGAUGAUCCUAGAUACGAGGAGGAGGUUUCGGGAUGUACGGCAUCGGUCGGAAUUAUCUCUCGCGACAAGAUCUGGGUGGCAAAUGCUGGCGAUUCUCGAACUGUAUUGGGUGUCAAGGGUCGAGCAAAGCCUCUGUCUUUUGACCACAAGCCCCAGAAUGAAGGCGAGAAAGCGCGUAUUAGUGCUGCGGGAGGCUUCGUCGACUUCGGACGUGUUAACGGUAACCUUGCUCUUUCGCGAGCUAUCGGUGAUUUCGAAUUCAAGAAGAGUGCAGAAUUGUCGCCCGAACAGCAGAUAGUCACCGCAUACCCUGAUGUCACAACACAUGAGAUCACGGAAGAUGAUGAGUUCCUGGUGAUUGCUUGUGAUGGUAUUUGGGAUUGCCAGUCUUCUCAGGCAGUCGUAGAAUUUGUCCGAAGAGGAAUUGCCGCCAAGCAGGAGCUAUACCGUAUCUGCGAGAACAUGAUGGACAAUUGUCUAUCUUCCAACAGCGAGACCGGAGGUGUCGGCUGCGACAACAUGACCAUGACCAUUGUCGGUCUUCUUCAUGGAAAGACGAAAGACGAGUGGUAUAACACUAUUGCGGAGAGAGUUGCCAAGGGCGAUGGCCCUGUCGCUCCUCCCGAGUAUGCUGAAUUCCGUGGCCCUGGUGUCCGACCCGGCGCUCGCCAUCAGUUUGAUGACAGUCCAGACGACUACGACCUAGAGUCAGAUAAUAACCGACGGGCUUUCGGUGUUCGAUCGGGGCGCAUCAUAUUACUUGGAGAUGGAACGGAAGUGCAUGCGGAUCAAGACGAUGAAGAAUUGUUUGACGCUACAGAAGAAGCGGACAAGGGCGUUCAGAAUCAGAGUACCGAGACUGCUCAUACUGGGCCCCAAGUUUCUGCCUCACCAUCAACCAUCAACGCGGAUACCUCACCGGGUAAAACAAGCGAAAACAAAGCUGCCAGCAAACCCAGUGACUCUUAG